UUACUGAUGUAUUUUGCAACAUAUAUAAUUGGACAGACACCUUUUCCAGAAUUCACCGUUGUAGGAAUGGUGGAUGAUGUGCAAGUAAGGUACUAUGACUCAGUUACACAGAGAGCUGUAAGUAACUCUCACAAUGAUUCCAAACACUAUGAUGAAGAGCAACAUGAUGACAUUGUUAUAUUUCGUGAUAUGUAUUACAACUUGAAAGAUCGAGCAUAUUAUCUGAAGGACAUCCUAAAUCUCUCUGAUGGUGUACAUGUACAUCAGAGGCUUGCUGGAUGUGAAUUGUUGGAAAAUGACAAACCGGGUCUAGUUUACACAUGGGAUGCAUUCAAUGGUCAAAUGAAAGAGUGGGGUACCUUUGACGCAAAGACAAAAACAUUACAGAUUAACUUGUCAUUAAUACGUGCAUGGGACCAGCACAAAAGUCUUAAUGUCAAUUUUCUGUAUGAAAAUAUUUAUUAUCCUAUUUGCCUGAAAAUUUUGAGGAGGAACUUGAACAUGAAGAAAAGCAGCAUUCUGCAAAAAGUGAAACCUAGAGUCAGACUCCUUAAAAAGGUGCUUGCAGCAUCUCAUGAGGUUCAAAUCACAUGCCUGGUGACAGGUUUUUAUCCCCGCGACAUUGACCUGACUCUGGUCAGAGAUGGUCAGGCUGCUGUUGAUGGAAAAAUCACAGGAGGUAAUCUUCUGCCCAAUGGAGAUGGAACUUACCAGAUAAGGAAGAGUUUGCUGAUCAGUGUUAAGGAACUACAUGGCAGACAUAAUUACAGCUGUGCAAUAAAUCACCCGAGUCUGAACAACACACUGGACAUUAUGUUUGAUCUGGAAGAAACUGGCCUGGGAUUAUCAACUUUGUCCGUGAUUACCAGUACCUGUUUGGUUAUGUUUAUAUGGGUGUCUCUUAUAAUAACUGCACUAAUCAUAUGGAAGAGGAAGAGCCAUGCUGCUGCUCUUCCUAAACCAUUCAUGUUCUAA